GCUUGCGGAAACUCCAUGUAUAAACGCCAAGAGGAUUUAGACCAACUCCUGCGUGACGCGGCCGGGAGGGUCCCACGCUGCCUUGUGUGGUGCCGGACCGAUGCGCUCAACAGUGAGGCGAGAGUCAUCGUCCACUCGCAUUGUACACUGGGAUGAUGAGGGUGCCGCGACAACACAGGUUGCUGUCGCGUCGGCAGAGGUCGCUGCCUCCCCUGCAGAGUUUGGUGCAGCGUCGAAAGAGGUUGUAGACGGGUCUGUAGAGGUUGUUGCCCCGUCUGCAGAGGCUGUUGUAGCGUCGACAAAGAUUGCAGCCGGGUCUGCAAAGGUUGGUGGCGCGGUUGCAGAGGUUGGGAGGGCAUCUGCACAGUUCGGUGUCAGUUUGAGUGACGACAUGUUUGGUGCUUCGUUCGGGCUUCCUCUGACGCUGGCAGGCGAGCAUGGUAGUGGUGGUGUGGACGCACAGGCUACGCCAAUCAGUCAGAUCCUUAGAGGUUUCCCUUCAUGCAGCGUGGGUGACAUCAGUAGCAACAUGUUGCGGGAGGUAGCAGAGGAGACACAGGGUUUGUUGGGGCAGUAUGAGCAUGUAGUAGGGGAUGAUGGGGAGUGCCGACCUGUGCAGGAGCGAGUGCCAGAGUCGGAGCAGGACAAGACCGACCGCGAGGAGAGGGAAAGGGCGCUGGAGUUGGCUAGGCAUUGUGAGAUGACACAGAGUAUUGCAGCGAGGGCACGUGAAGAGCGGAUGCUCGAGACGGGUGAUGGGGCGGGUCAUUGUAUGGCGGAGGAUGCAGAGGUUGAGUGUGGCGGUGCGGUCCGUGGGGAUGCAUGCGAGAGAUCUGCAUUGUCGGUUCAUGGUGUUUGUGUAUUGCCAUUCGUUGGAGCUUUGUCGGCGGGGGAGUUAGAGUGGCAGGCACGGGAGGACCCAUUGCGGGCAGAUCGACGCAGACGGAUGGAUAAGGCAUCGAGGAGGGUCAUGGCAGAGGGCCCAGCUUACGUGUCGUGCAGCCCUUCAGUGCCAUCGUCUACCACAAAUGUCAUUCUGCCCACACAGGCCGAGGGUCCAAGCACGACACCGAGUCCUGCAUCGGCACCUGGAGGGGAGUCUCCUUCUCCCAAGUCAUGGAAGAAGAAGAUGAGAGCAGGAAAGAGUCUUAGUACUAUGAGGAGGGUGACCCACCAGAUGUGGGCGAGUCAGCCUGGGUUGGCCGGUUUACAUCCACGGACUCGGGAGGCAUUGGGCCGGGACGUUGUUGCGAAUGCAGUAGGUUGGCGGGAGAGGGCCUUUACCCGGGAGACAGAGCAGCGGAUCAGCGCACCUGCUGAGGUGACGGUGCCACGUCCUAGAGGGCAGAUUUCCACUACCUCUAGGGAGGAGCACGACGAGCACAGUUGCCCCCCGGGGAGGAGCAUGACCGGACGUAUAUUGGGGGAGGAUGUGAGGGUAUUGACGACAGCGACCAUCACAGACAGCCGUCGGCUGGGAGUCGGGUACCGACGAUUUAGAGAUGCCUCUUGGCCAGCGGAAGAGGGUUUCCGUAUACGACCUUCUUCGGGCACGGGGCAGGGUUGAGGCGGCAGCACAGGGAGGGAUUCGUGCUCCAGAUACGGCGCACGGGCCGGUAGGUGGCACGGGUGGCGGGCAUGGUACCACUAGUGUGGCGCCGCAGAGGAGGAGGAAGGACAUUGUGGACGACGAUGAUGCUUAGUCCCACCAUUGGUCCUCGUCCGUCCUCUAUUUUCUAGUAGUGUAUAGUACCUUUAGUACUUCAGAUGAGGUCAUGUGUUUAUAGGUGCAGUAUGUGCAACUCGUCA